CUGCCGGAUGGUGAAACUUACACACUCCGUCACCGCAGUCUCUCUUAAUCUGGAUGAACCUCAGAAAGGCAGCUAAAAGGAAGCAUUUUAGCAUGUGAGGAUUAUUCUUGUCGACGUUUCUGCUUUUGUUCCAGCCUUGCCCUCCGCAUCCAUUCUCUGGAAUACUCCGGACAGCUGUGGGAUUUCCCUGUCACUUUUGGAUAUUUCCCCACUGCUCUUGUUAGUGGUUUUCAAAAACAAGACCAGCACACCUUGCAUUUGUAUCUACCUGGCGUCCACCCUCUUUCCCAUUACCGCAUGCUCUUCUGGAUCACUUCAUGUUUUCGCACUUCUGGAUUAGAGCAUCAGCUGACCAAUCACCUUCCUGUGACCUCACACAACGCCCCGCCACAAGCCUUUGAGAGCCAUCCCUGGUGGCCUGGUCAAAGUGUGUUGCGGUGGGCCGGGGUCACCCCCUGCUCCCUAUGACUGUGUCAGGGAGUCGGAGAGCCGCUGGGCCUGGGAGAGAGACGAGAGAGGAGGCCAGCGGAUGGAGAGCAGCGGCUGCAAUCCCUUCCCGCUGUGCUGGGCACGAGGAGCCAGCGUCUACUCCUACCCUCCCCCUCUGCCAAAAUAUGACAGACAGUUAGCACCCACCAAAGCCAUGGCAGCGGCUUACCUGGACCCCAACCUGACCCAUGCCCUGAACCAGGGGGUCAAGCCUCGCUUCAGCGCAGGGAUGGAGCGGACAGCAGGGCCUCUGGAGCGUGUGCUCAGAGUCUUCCACUACUUCGAGAGCAGUAGUGAACCCUGCACAUGGUCCAGCAACAUCCGACACGGGGACUCAACUGAUGUCAGGGGCAUUAUACAGAAGAUCGUGGACAUCCAUAAGGUGAGGUGUGUGUCCUGCUUUGGUCUGCGCCUUUGCCAGCUGAGAACAGGUGAAGUUCAUUGGCUCCACCCCGACAUGGGCGUGUCUCAUGUGAGGGAGCGGUACGAGCACAGCCAUCCUCAGGACGACUGGAGAUAUGAGCUACGGAUUCGAUACUUGCCUAAAGGAUUUUUAAACCAGUUUACUGAGGACCAGCCAACUCUUAACUACUUUUAUCAUCAGGUGAAAAGUGAUUAUAUGAUGGCGAUUGCCGAUCAAGUUGAUCAAGAAUUAGCACUUAAACUUGGCUGCAUUGAAAUCAGGAGGUUUUUCAGGGACAUGCGUGGUAACGCCCUGGAUAAGAAAUCAAAUUAUGAAUUAUUAGAGAAGGACGUUGGUCUACGGAGAUUCUUUCCAAAGAGUUUAUUAGAUUCAGUAAAGGCUAAAUCCCUGCGGAAACUGAUCCAACAGACGUUCAAACAAUUCGCCAAUCUGAACGAUGAGCAGUGUAUCCUCAAAUUCUUUGAGAUCCUGUCCCCUAUAUACAGAUUUGAUAAGGAGUGUUUUAAAUGUGCUCUCGGGUCGAGCUGGGUGAUAUCAGUGGAGUUGGCCAUCGGACCAGAGGAAGGCAUCAGUUACUUGACUGACAAAGGCUCAAACCCAACACACCUCGCCAACUUCACGCAAGUGAAGAGUAUUCAGUUUGAGGAGCGAGAGAGAAAGGGAAUGCUGCAGUUAGAUGUGGCUAGAGCACCUGAGCCUCUGACGGUGACAACUACAACACUGAACACUGCGGAGAACAUGGCCGAUCUCAUUGACGGCUACUGUAGACUUGUUAACGGAAGUUCCUCAUCGUUUAUUGUCCGUGUACAGAAAGAAGGAGAGAGAGCUCUUCCAUCUAUCCCAAAGGCUCCAAAAUCAGCAAACCAUGAGAAACGGUUGCAAGGAGUCAAGGCCAAAGCAAUCUCCAUUUCAGAAACAGAUGACUACGCUGAGAUCAUAGAUGAAGAGGACACAUACACCAUGCCCUCCAAAUAUUAUGGACUAGAUGAAGCCAGAGACUAUGAGAUCCAAAGAGACAGAAUUGAGCUGGGACGCUGUAUAGGAGAGGGCCAGUUUGGAGACGUCCAUCAAGGGAUCUACUUGUGUCCGGAGAACCCAGCACUUUCUGUGGCAAUAAAGACGUGUAAGAACUGUACCUCGGACAGCGUUCGAGAAAAGUUCCUCCAGGAGGCCUUGACCAUGCGACAGUUCGAUCACCCGCAUAUUGUUAAGCUGAUUGGUGUCAUUACAGAAAACCCAGUGUGGAUCAUCAUGGAGCUGUGCACACUGGGAGAGUUGCGUUCGUUCCUUCAGAUUAGGAAGUACAAUCUGGAUUUAGCAUCACUUAUCCUGUUUUCUUACCAGCUCAGCACAGCCCUUGCGUACCUAGAGAGCAAACGCUUUGUACACAGGGACAUUGCGGCACGUAACGUUCUUGUGUCUUCAGUGGACUGUGUGAAGCUGGGAGACUUCGGGUUGUCUAGAUACAUGGAGGACAGCUCUUAUUAUAAAGCCUCUAAAGGAAAACUACCUAUUAAAUGGAUGGCGCCAGAGUCAAUAAACUUCAGACGUUUUACCUCUGCCAGCGACGUGUGGAUGUUUGGGGUGUGUAUGUGGGAGAUACUGAUGUACGGAGUGAAGCCGUUUCAAGGCGUGAAGAAUAACGACGUGAUUGGUCGGAUUGAGAACGGCGAGCGUCUGGCUAUGCCUCCUAACUGCCCGCCGACCCUCUACAGCCUGAUGACCAAGUGCUGGGCGUACGAUCCCAGCAAACGGCCACGAUUCACUGAGCUCAAAGGCCAACUAAGUACAAUCCUCUCGGAUGAGAAGGCUCAGCAGGAGGAGCGCAGCCGUAUGGAGAUGAGGAGACAAGUCCCCGUUUCCUGGGACUCUGGAGGCUCGGACGAGGCGCCACCCAAAGGGUCCAGGAGGAGACCCUGUGUGUCCCCCAGUGCCACUCAGCCUGCUUUCUUCGACCCUUACUAUCCCUCCAUGCAACAGCUGAGCCUGACCCACGUGCCCUACAGAUUCUCACAGCCCAGUCGACCUGGUUAUCCAAGUCCCCGUUCCAGUGAAGGGUUCUACCCUAGCCCUCAGCACAUUGGCCAGCACAAUCAUUACCAGAUGGCAGGGCACUCUGGGCCACACGGCUUGCUUCCCGUACCUGGCGUGAUGUACCCUCCCCAGGCAGCAGGGACUGGACUUGAUCACCACGACAGCUGGAACCAUCGCAGAACUACUCAGGAUCACAUGUGGAACCCCAGCAUGGAGGAUGGUGUGGCUCUGCGCUGUGGUCUGUCUCAGCUGAUGGAGGAGCAGUUGUUACUGCAGCAGCAGCAGAUGGAGGACGAUCAGCGCUGGUUAGAGCAGGAGGAGAGACUACUGAAGCCUGAUGGGAGAAGUUCCAGAGGAAGCAUUGACCGUGAUGAUGGAAGCCUUCAGGGACCAACUGGAAACCAGCACAUCUAUCAACCUAUAGGGAAAGCAGAGCACGCAGCUCCUCCUAAAAAGCCUCCUCGGCCCGGAGCUCCCAGCCACCCAGCGGGAGUCUCCGGACUCAACCCUACAGAGAGCUACAAUGAAGGCGUGAAGAUUCAGCCUCAGGAGAUCAACCCACCCCCAACAGCGAACUUAGAUCGGUCCAACGAUAAGGUCUAUGAAAAUGUGACCGGGCUGGUGAAGGCCGUGAUUGAGAUGUCCAGUAAAAUCCAGCCAGCUCCCCCUGAAGAAUACGUGCCCAUGGUGAAGGAAGUAGGAUUGGCACUGAGAACACUGCUGGCCACUGUGGAUGAGACGAUACCAUUAUUACCAGCUCACACGCACAGAGAGAUCGAAAUGGCUCAGAAGCUUCUAAAUUCAGACCUGGCUGAGCUGAUAAAUAAGAUGAAGUUGGCCCAGCAGUACGUUAUGACCAGCCUGCAGCAGGACUACAAGAAACAGAUGCUAACAGCUGCGCAUGCACUCGCCGUAGAUGCCAAGAAUCUGCUGGAUGUGAUUGACCAGGCCAGGCUGAAGAUGUUGGGACAGGCACGGCCGCAUUAGCCCUAGCAAAAGGACACGGUGAUGCAUGUGACGCCCCGAGAAACACACCAGCACAGACUUGUACACUAAUGGAGUCUCAUGGGCCCCCCUUCACUACUCACUGACCCUCACGUUAAGCUGCACGGUAGAUCACGGGUACCGCGAGGAGGGCUCCGGAUUUAUUUAACAGAUGAGCUGGACCGGAUUGGAGUCAUUACGAGUGAAUCUCUUCCAGAUCAUAGUGGGCCGGUGACUGGAUGCUGAGAGGGUGAUUCUCAAUCUGGGGGCCGCUUUGAGCUUUAAACGUCUCUGGAGGAAAAGAGACACUCUCACACUGUAUCUAGUAUAUCUGUGUUUCAUUGACAAGCCCGAGCUCCACAGCCAGACCACACAAAUCUAGAUUCCGCUCUAGUUCUGGUUGUAGAAUCAUAGAAGUUGAGCUGUUUCUAAGACUCUGUUUUGCACAGUAGAACUUGAGUUGGGACUGCAUUCGCAAAAUCUGGGUUUGAUGAGUCUGGUUUUCCAUUGCAGACUCUCACGCUUCUCCCUAGGACUGAGAGGGAGAGUGUUGUAUAUUUGGGCCUUGUGCCACCUAGAGGUAAAAUAAAGCUAUGACUGAAGUAAAAUAUGAA